CUGUGAGAAGCCGGCCGGUAUUUAGCGCACGGGGGUCGCGAUCAGACGCAGAGCUGAUGCAAUUCUGCAACUUGUGAAAGGGGCAGCGCUUUAUCCGGCUGAAGAGAAGAAUCCGCUACCUACUGUCGCCCAUUCAGCAGCAGAGCAACCGGGGGCCGACUUCCUGCCUGACGAUGCCUGUAGUGCGGACGUUAACGAGAGUGGCCAAGCAGAUGACUCUUAGUCCUGCGUGCGGUUGCCAGGUCUCUGUUAUGCCCAUCAGAUCAAUUGGUUUUUCUCCCCGCCAAGUUCCGUCAGACGCCAGCUUCCACUCCGUGUCCUUCUCUGAGACAGACCACCCUCGGGUGCUGAUCACAGGAGGCCUGGGCCAGCUGGGAGUGGGACUUGCCAAACUGCUGAGAAAACGCUAUGGAAAGAACAACGUGAUCCUGUCUGACAUACGUAAACCUCCAGACAGCGUCUUCUACAGCGGGCCAUUUAUCUACUCUGAUAUACUGGACUACAAGAAUCUCCGUGAGAUUGUGGUGAACAAUCGGAUAACGUGGCUUAUUCACUACAGUGCUUUGCUCAGCGCAGUCGGCGAGGCAAACGUUCCUUUGGCAAGAGCGGUCAAUAUUACUGGGCUACACAAUAUCCUGGAUAUUGCGGCUGAACACGGGCUGCGUCUGUUUGUGCCCAGUACAAUUGGGGCCUUUGGUCCCACCUCGCCCAGAAACCCAACUCCAGAUCUUUGUGUACAGAGACCAAGGACAAUCUAUGGUGUUUCCAAAGUCCAUGCAGAGCUUAUGGGAGAGUACUACCACUACAGAUACGGCCUGGACUUCCGAUGCCUCCGUUAUCCUGGAAUCAUUUCCGCUGAUUCCCAACCUGGAGGAGGAACUACAGACUAUGCCGUCCAGAUUUUCCAUGACGCUAUCAAGACUGGAAGGUUCACGUGCAACCUUAAACCAGACACUCGUUUGCCCAUGAUGUAUAUUGAUGAUUGUCUAAAGGCUACCCUAGAGGUCAUGGAAGCACCUGCCUCUUCGCUUACUAUGAGGACGUACAACAUCAAUGCCAUGAGCUUCACGCCUGAAGAGCUAGCACAAGAAGUUCAAAAGCACAUGACGGAGCUUGAAGUUGUUUAUGAUGUGGAUGCCAUCCGGCAAGCUAUUGCCGACAGUUGGCCAAUGAAUUUUGAUGACAGCAAUGCUCGCAAGGACUGGGGGUGGAAGCACGAUUUCGAUAUGGCCGAGCUGGUAACUACAAUGCUCAAUUACUUGAACUCUGAGAGACUGGCAUUCCAAGCAAACUGAGCCUCAUGUCCUGCAAAAAUCCAGACGUCCUAUGUGGGCACGAGCUUUCUGGGACAACUGCAUGUGCCAAUGUGUGGAGUAUAAAAUCUAUGGUACUAAAAACAUACCAUAACCUGAAGGAAACCAUACAUUGUAUUAUACAUUACUUGAAAGGGGUUUUUUUCAUGUAAAGGGAGAGAAGAUGGAGGUGCUAAUUGUCUUAUUGAUUUGCAUUUUCUUAAUUUAAAAACCUGUAAUUAUUUUAGACAUGUAUAUACAUUUAUAUAUUUUUUUUCCCCCACUGUCCAAUCAGUUUUUGGCAGCACUCAGGAUGAAGAAUUUUACUGUAUAUUUCCUGGCAUUUAGCAUGUAAAUACUGCAUGGAAUUAUUAUUCUAUGACAAAAUGUAUAUAAACGUAAUGUUUUUGGGAACUGAAGCUGAAAUGCUGGAAAAUGUUAUAUUUAAGUGGUGUGGGUGUGGUCGAGCACCGACCUGUAGCCAAUGAGAUCAGCUUAUAAAUGCACAGAACCUAUUGCAAUAGGAGCAAAAACUCUCUCUCUUAAAAAAACUCUCUCUCUCUUACCUUAGACUUCUGGAUGACUAAUUAAAAGUAGAAGAAAAAAAAACAAUUGUAGGGCAAUUAGGGUUUUACAUAAACAGAGUUGGCAUUUUGUCCUUAGAACUCAAUCAAAUGAUAGCAUUUUAAAUAUAAUUAAAAUGGAAAAAUGUUAAAAAAUUAAUUAAAAAUGAAAAAAAAAAAAAAGCUAAUUUGUAGAUACUCUAGUCUCAGAUGUAGGCGCCACUCUGUGUAAGGUGCUGUACAUAAGACAAGUGUAGAUAUUAAAUUUAUAUUUAUAUAUUAUUAUUUUUUUCCUGCAGUAGGUGGCAAGAAAAAUAACAAUUAGGUCAAGCUAAACAUUUAAUGCUGUUUUUCCCCCAAGCUCAAUAACUAUGACAUAUUAGUCAUCUGUUGUUUAAUGGAAAUCACAACUAAAAAAAUCAAUAGAUAAAAUGGAUAUUUCAUUACGGAGUGUGAGUUCCUUCUCUUGGUUGGGCUGAAAAGUAAAAGGCUGAGUGACAGUUGUACUGAUAUGUUGUGAUAUGAUUCCCUUAGGAAAUGGGAGAAAAUAUUGGGGUAAUGCUGCCUCCUCUGCAAAGGGGUGCAUAUUAAUUUAUUAAAGGGGUGGUUCACCUUUAAGUUA